CUGUUUUUGUUCUGCUCUGGGGGUUGGAGGAAGCAGAGUUUCUCACAGAGCCUCUUGGCAGUUUCUCCCUCUGUACCCCUCAUGUUUCCACCAGAAGACAGAGACCAGAGAUCGUCCCCGAGUCACCUCACGUUGGGAGAGCCAGCACCCGGAUGAGAGUUCAGUGGGCAUUACAGCCACCUCAGGGGGAACCAAACCUGUUGCUUUUCAUCCUUGAGUCAACUCAGCCUGGUCUUUCAGGGGAAGACACAAGGUAGGGAGUUUGUUGGGAGAAAGAAAGUUUUAGAAGGAAAGCUUAGAAGCUUUAGGUAAAGAUGGUUGGUUGGUUGGUUUUUUCUUGUCAUAGCCUUUGGUAAAUAAAGAUUUAAGAGGAAUAAAUUUUGUAAGUAAAAAGUGGUACAUUCGGAGUGUUUGGAAGACAUGAAGAUUAGGAGGAUUUCUGUCAUUCUUACAUCAUCUAUUUUAAAAAAUGUUUUAUGCAAAACGCAAACCAAUUUGCCUUUUCUCCUGAGAGUCAGCAGCAUAGGCAGAGCCUAGGAAAGUGGCAGACAUGCCGUCUAGCUGAUUGCGAUCGAAUGAAGGCUUGGAUGCUGAAGCCAGAGCGAGCACCUCCAAGGUUUCCAUACGAUGAUGGAUGCCUCCCCCACCCUUUCAGCGAUCACAAGGAGGACUUCGGAGCCUGGCACACUGCGGGUGACCCUCGGCAGCCUAGAAGGAAACAAAGACCAGAGCAGCAGUGUCUUCUCUGGUUUUGCCGGACUCCUGGCUGUCCUCCUGCUCGUCACAGCCUUUUGCAUCCUGUGGAACUGGAAUAAACGGAAAAAGCGGCAAGUUCCUUACCUCCAAGUUAAUGUCAUGCCUUCGCUGACUCUGCCUCGACCCAGACAACGGGCCAAAAACAUUUAUGACCUUUUGCCUCGGCAGCAAGAAGAGAUGGGGAGUCAUCAGUCAAGGAGUAGCCGUGCUUUCAGUACUGAGAGCCUCCUCUCCAGAAAUUCUGACAACCCUGAGCGUGCGCUUUCCCAAGCAGAUGACACCAGCCAGAGGCAUCGAGCCCAUAUCCACACUGUGGGGUACACAGUGGGCAUCUAUGACAAUGCUACAGUGCCCCAGAUGGGUGGGCACCUUGCUCCCUCAGCACAUUACAUCAGUGGCAGCACUUCCAGGGACAGCUCAAGCAUUUCUUCAGUGGAGUCAAAUGAUUAUGUCAAUGUCCCCACAGUGGAAGGCCUUGCCGAGACUCUAAAUUCUACCAACGGCCCACCCAAAAAUCUCUUUGUUCUUCCAAGAGCCCAGGAGCUUACUGAGGAAAGGCCUGCAGUCUGUGAGGAUGCCAGUGACUGCACUAGUUUUUGGGUCCCAGGAACACAGGGCAGUGAUCCACUCAGUGAUGAGGAGGAUUCUCCUCAGACCUCAAAUGACUACAUCAAUGUGACUGGUUUGGAACUUGGGGACAUCCAGGAGGAACAGCCCAGGGUGGCUUUUCAGGGCUGCAGAGAUUAUGAAAAUAUCCCACCAGCAAAUCCCAAUGGAAGCCAGCAGCAGGCUGAGGAAGAAGUGACAUCUUCAAACACAGAGGACAGGACAGAUGGUUCAGUGACCCAAAUCUCAUCUGUCACGAGGAAGUCCCUGUCUUCAGGAUAUUACAUGGCCUUUCAGCCAUCCAUACAGAAUGAGAACAGUCAGAUGUCACAUGAAGAAGAAAUGUCGGAUGAAGACUCUAAUGACUACGAGAAUGUGCUAGUUGCUGAGUUAGGAGAGGGGGACAGGGAGCAGGAGCCUGGAACUUGGUGCCCUCCUGAUGAACAAAUAUCAAGAUACCCUGCUGGGACGCCACAUGGGGUGCUCUAUCCUGCUGAGUUCUUAGCCAAUACAGAAUCUAAGGAAGGCCCUUGAGCAUCCCAGUAGACCAGUGGAUUCACAGGUGAGGCUAAGAAGAGGCCGAGAGGAAUAGGGAGCAAAGCGAUUGUCGAAAAGCUAAGGUUUGGGAAAUCCAGAAAGGAAUUCUUCUCAAGCGGGGUACUGUUAUCUCUCAGACCAACUGAAGAAUGUUUGCUGAAACUGCCUUCCUGAAUGAACUCUUAGGAAAGAGAAAACCAGAUAGUACUUGGUGUACAGUGAAAGUAUGACUAGUCUAAAAUAAUUACUGUCACUCAUACCAGCUGCAAAGCAAAAGUAUAAAUUAUCUUGUAACCCAGGCAAAAAGAAAGGAAGAUGCUGGGGUAGGGUAGGCAAGUUCCAUUUCAAAAAGAAUGUCCAACCAAAUAGCAGUGAAGAUGCAGAACAAUAGGAACUCUGUCACUGCUGAUGUGACUUGGUACUUUCUUACAUGUACACACUUACUUACAUGUUCCACUAUGAGGAAUUGACCCACGCAAACACCAAACUCACGCUCACACAAAAACCGCUGCGUAUACCACUUUCACCAUAAUUGCUCCAAACUAGAAAUAACCCAGGUGUGCUUCACCCGAUGAAUGGAUAAUGGAUUGCAGGUAUGUAUUCCACGAGUUUAUCCAUACUCAGCCGUAAACAGGAAUAAACUAUUGGUUCACACAACAUUGUGGACAAAUCUUAGUUGCAUUGGGUUAAGUGAAAGCUUAGACCUAAACAAUUACACACCCAAACGUGUACAAUUCCAUUCAUAGAACAUUCCGGAAAAAGCAAAAUUAUAGGAAUGGGAAAUAGGCUGCCAGGUGUAAGGAAAGGAGAAGAGUUGUCUCCAAGAGACUGCACAGCAGAAUCUUCAGGAUGGUGGAGCUGCCCUGUGGCAGUACUGUGGUGGUGGAUACAGGAUUGUAUACAUUGUCAAUCCAGAAAGAGCUGCACACCACCAAGAGGAAUAUUUACUUACGUGAAUUUUAAAAAAUUAGCCAGGCUGUCAGAGGAACCCACAGUGUAACAGUGUAACAAAUGAAUCUGUGACGUAACCUAACUGAGGGAGGGGGGAGGAACUGACCUUGACUUUGACAAACAGUGUUUUGACUUGAAACUGUAGGAUAAAGACACAAAGGGCUAUACACACACACUACACUAUAGUUGGUCAUUUUCUCAGGAAGUGUGGGUUUGCAAUUCUGAACCUACUUAAAUGUGUACUAGAGUUAUACAAAUAAGUAACUCUAUUAUAGACAAGAAAAGGUAAAUUUCCCACUGGCAAACAAAGACAUAAGGAGGAAAAGCUAGAAUAAACUCUGGGAGGCUGGAUUAGAGUUGGAGAUACAGUUUGAGCUCAUGUUUUAUGUGUGUGUGUGUGUGUGUAUAAUUGUGUAUGUACAAAGGCUAGUGCACACACGUUUCCUAGUUGUGUAUACUAAGAGGACCUAGAAGCAAUGGCACACCAGAAACACUGAGCACGUUUAGCUUUCAGAUAUUGGUUUCUAAAUGCUGUUCUCCAAUAAAAGUAACCAAACUUCUUGGAGAAAUGCUUGUGCAAGG